UUACACAGGCAGACGAGUGAGCAUGAAUUUUAAACAUGGAUCAGUCAUUUGUAAACGUCAAUGGACAGGGGAUAAGACAAUGACGUCGACGACUAACAGAUACUUGGACAAAAUCAACUGAACUCCGAAACAACUAUUUUAAAGACGUUCUAACUUCUGUUGUGAAUAUGUUGAUUCAGCUCAUAUUCAGGAUGAAGAUUUAAAUCAUGUUUGAUACGCUUCAUUUUUGUAGAUAUCAUGCCUAAUGCAUCUACUGUAUUUCUUAUUGGGAAAUAUUAACGACAGCCUAUAAUGUAACUAAAUAUUUGUUUAAAAUGAGUAACAACACUGUGAGCGGGAGGAUCAUGAUCCCGACUAUACCGUCCAUCAUGUUUAUUUUCGGUGUGGUGGGAAAUGUCAUUGCCAUCGUGGUACUCUGCAAAUCCAGGAAAGAACAGAAGGAGACCACGUUCUACACUCUGGUAUGCGGUCUGGCGGUUACAGACCUUUUGGGGACACUCCUAGCCAGUCCCGUCACCAUCGCAACCUAUGUGAAAGGCUCGUGGCCAGGCGGGGAACCACUGUGCCAGUAUUUUGGAUUCAUCAUGCUUUUCUUCUCUCUAGCGGGGCUCAGCAUUAUAUGCGCUAUGUCCGUGGAGAGAUACUUGGCGAUAAACCACGCGUAUUUCUACAACGACUAUGUGGAUCAGAGACUUGCGGGCAUGACGCUUCUGGCUAUUUACAUCUCCAACGUGCUUUUCUGCGCUCUACCUAGCAUGGGUCUGGGACAAGUCAAAAAGCAGUACCCACAAACCUGGUGCUUCAUAGAGUGGCGGAGCAACGUGAGGACCGAUGCCGCCUUUUCAUAUAUGUACGCGGGGUUCAGUUCGAUUCUAAUUCUAGCCACAGUUAUCUGUAACGUUCUGGUAUGCGGUGCUCUGAUUCGAAUGCACCGGCGGUUUGUCCGGAAGAUGUCAUUGUGGACAGACCCCGGACGAAACACAGACCCGAGAAGGAGACGCAGCUUCGGGCAUCUGGCCGGCGCAGAGAUCCAGAUGGUGAUUGUACUCAUUUGUACCUCAGCGGUGGUUCUUAUAUGCUCCAUUCCACUUGUUGUGCAAGUGUUUCUGAACCAGAUUUAUAAGACUCCGGUGGAGCUGAGACUGGAGAAGAACCCAGAUCUACGGGCGAUCCGCUUCGCCUCAUUCAACCCCAUCCUGGACCCCUGGAUCUACAUCCUCCUCCGCAAGGCCGUGCUCCUCAAGCUCAUUGAGCAGAUCAAGUGUCUGUUCUGUAAGAUAGGAGCACAGAGACAGCAGAGACAGGGAGCACAGAACUGCCACUGCAUUGAUGAACACCAGCUCCACUCCAUCAUCUCUUCACAAGAGUUCCCGUCAUUGGUGUCCCGUGAGCUGAACGAGGUGUCCAGCACCUCUCAGGUCGUCCUCUACCUUCCUGAUGGAAGCUGUCAUCACACAGGAGAGCAGGUUGGGCUCCGCAAUUCCUCUGUCCAAGACCCCCAAAGUUCUUAUUUGUCAGAACAGAGAAGUACAGAGGAUGGGAGGAGAGAGGUGACAAACCUAACCAGGGACCCCUCUGGUGUGGGAGGACAGACCACUCAGUCAUGUGUGAAAGGACAGGCUCUUCAUGUGUUGCUAAGUAAUGAGACAGUACAGGAGAAAUGCAUAUAGAUCUUGUGUAUUUGGAAUCCCAUGAACGGUUACUUCAACAGCUUCUCUAAGACUCCUCAUAUUAUUGUAAAGUUUCUGUGAGUCAGAGGGAUGUCCACACAUACAUUGACGACACUGCCUUCAGACUGCCCAAGAUGGCUUUUCAGACAGCUUCUGCUCUCCUAAGGGACUUAUUCGGUUAGCGGAAGUGUUAGUGCCAACAGAAAUAGAUUGGCUCCCAGGAUGACUCAUUUGACAUCCUCUAAAGACGAGGAAUGGCACAUUUAAACAAUGUUGAAAAGCUUUUGGUAAGCCUGACAGGAGGAAGGACAAACAAGAGAGAGACAACUGUGAGAGAGAGAGAGGAUGUCUGCUCCACUUUGAUGUCAAGCUACCUCGACCAGAAACAUCAAUGUUUGUUUGUUUUUCCUGUCUUCUCGCACAGGUCAGAGAGCAAGGCAGUAAGAGCAGAGCAGCUUCUCCAUGGCCUAAAGGGGCAUUGGCUGUACACUGUAGCUAAACAGUUUAACACUAGCUUCUUUCAAUCAUUGUACAAACUGUGAGUUAGUAUUUAGAGUUUUUAAGCUACAAUGAUUGAGAUGUACAGAAUAGUUAUUAUGAUUCUUUGGAAAGGAAUGUAGUAUAGGGCCUGUCAUUACGUGCCAAACUGCCAUGAUAACACCAAGGAAAAGUCAGUUCUCACAAAACGAUAUGUCUGUAGAAGGUUUGCUGUUCAGAGAUGCACUUCACUUUACUGUUUUGCAUCACAUAAUAGCUUUAGAGAGUUAAUGUAUAGUGCAGUAUUGUGUGUAAUAACAUUAUCCAUGAGUUGUCCUUCAGAUGAGUGAAAUGAGUUGUGCCAACGUGCAGGGUAGUUUGCCAAACUCUGUAUAUGUAUUUCUAUUACUCUGGUACCAGUUUUUGAACGUUUAUCAGAUUAUCAGUAAUUUACCUAAGUAUUGUCAUUGUCAUUAUUUAGUGACUUACGCAAUCAGCCUGGUCUCAUAUACUAGUAUACAUAAACCAGGGACACCAGAUUAGUAUGACAUAUUAUGUUUGGUAUGAUUACAUAAGACAGAAGGGUACUUAAGGAAAAAUGAAAGGAGGGCGGUUAGUCGGCGUAUAAAGCAAACGUAGCGCGAACGUCUAGCGCGAACAUCUAGCGCGAACGUCUAGCAACCCAAAGGUUGCGCGUGCGAAUCUCAUCACGGACAACUUUAGCAUUUUAGAUAAUUAGCAACUUUGCACAUACUUAGUAUGUUAGCUAACCUUUCCCCUAACCCUAACUUUUUAACCUAACUCAUAAGCUUAACCCCUAGCCGAGCUAACAUUAGCCAGCUAACUAACAUUAGCCAGCUACCUGAGAUCAGGUUGAUGUAAUUUCUUCUCUAUGAGAAGUUUCAAGUAAUUCAAUCCCGCCAUGAAAUGUUACAAUAUGAAAGGUCCUUGUCAAUGUUUUAAAUAUUAUGUUCUGCCAUAUCUGUAAACCUCCUAAAAUGACAGAUGUUUUUCAUUUUAAAUCCAAUAUGCUUUUAUUUUAUCCACCCUCUAAAAUAUUAAUUUAAGCAAUACAUUCUAAAAAUGAAUUCAAUUGAUUAACAGUAAUUGAGACCCAUCUAUUGUCUUCGAGGAUUUGUGCAUGACUCCAUUUCCUUUGGACCACCUAUGAGACUGAACGUGUGGAUGUGCAAAACAUCACGCACAAGAGUCAGUGUCAUGCAGUGUGUGUGUGUCAUUAAACUACAUGUCAUCUAAGAACAAGCGGAAAUCAUUUAUGUAAGCAGGAAGGUUCUCAGACUCAGAUUCCUGACAGAGUUUAGAGGUCAUAUUGUGACCCUGUUAGCACACAGAUGCUACUGAAAGGUACAGGCCACUGCUUUCCAAGUUUACACAAGUAUAAUUGGCUAAACAAACCCUAACGAACUUGGGUCCAAGGCUGUUAACGAUUAAUUCAAGUUCAAACACGCAAAAAGAAUCCCAGAUCUACUAGUUAGUAACUGCACACACACACACACACACACACACACACACACACACACACACACACACACACACACACACACACACACACACACACACACACACACACACACACACACACACACACACACACACACACACACACACACACACAAAAUAUUGUGAUGAGCAGAAGGCAGACUUCCCAUAACUUGAAUGAGGCAGCAUCUUUCAUAAAACAACAAGCGUCUAUGGCUCCUAUUCAACAUGAUUCAAGGUCCAGUGCAAUCAACAUUGAGUUUUUCCUUAUAUCAUUUAUCACCUGAUAAAAUUAACACUGUAAAGAGCUGUGAUUUUUAAAAUCAGUGUUAUUUACUGAUAGUGUCACGUUCGUCGUAAGGAUGAGACCAAGGUGCAGCGUGGUAGACCUACAUGAUUACUUUUAAUGAAUGAACACCGAACAAAAACAACAAAACGAACAAACGAAACAGGAAGCUACACAACUAGUUCUGACAGGCAACUUAACAUAGACAAGAUCCCACACCAGAAAGUGGGGAAAAGGUCUGCCUAAAUAUGAUCCCCAAUCAGAGAUAACGAUAAACAGCUGUCUCUGAUUGGGAACCAUAUCAGGCCAACAUAGACAUACAAAACCCCUAGACAUACAAAAAACCUAGAGUACCCAUCCUAGUAACACCCUGACCUAACCAAAAUAUAUAGAAAACAGAGAUAUCUAAGGUCAGCGCGUGACAGAUAGUUGCUGGUUGAAAAUGCAAUCUACACAGGACCUUCUAAUCAGCAGGUUUGCAUGGGCGGGAGUUUCGAAUUUCUAUGGUGACAUUACUAUGCGGCAAAUUCGUUAAUUGACCAAUAAGAAAGAUAGUUCCAAACCUCUCUGCCAAUAAUAGCUAGUCUUCAGUUUUCCUCUCCCUACUCUGCAUUGUUGGUUAAGGGCUUGUAAGUACGGUAAGCAUUUCACGGUAAGAUAUACACCUGUUGUAUUCGGGUGCAUGUGACAAAUAACAUUUGAUUUGACUCAGACCACUUCCAGACAGUCCCAGCAAAAUUCUUGCUUGAGAAAUAGUUUUUUGCUAAAAAUAUAUUUUUGUCCCUAAUGGAAAUAUAUUACAAUAAGGUACUUAAUUACUACCCAUGAAGGAUUUGAUAUUGUUAUAGAAAUGACUGCAUUGGGCCUUUAAGCUGGAACUAGCAAUGCUUUGACAAAUAUGCUGAGAAUGGAAUAUCAACACAGAGUGUGUGAGAGCAACCAACCUCAACAUGAGUAACCACAACAGCCACAUGAUGUGUGGUGGAGAGAGCAGAUCAACUGUGAAAGGCUGUCAUUUAUCAAAACACGCUGUUGCAUGGAGUACUUCCAAAGAGACAAUAGGGCUUGUUCACUGCAGUAAUUGUCUUGUAUAUUGACCCAGGUCUGAUUGCAAUCUUACAUGACACAUACUUUUACCAAAUGUGUUUAUGCCUCGUCCACAAACUACACUUUCAUAAGAUAGAGCCAGUGGAUGCUCAUGGACACUCUUAAUGAACAAAAAUGGGCAUAGAGUUCGCGAGCAAGUUCAUAAGCUAUCAGGUUUCGGGGUCUGGGUUGAGCUAGUGGCCACACUUCCGUCCAGUCUACAUUUACGUCCAUUCUCCUGCAACAUGGCCAUAUAAUGUCAGUAACUACACAUAUACGUUGUCGUUCUGUGCUGUGCAUCACAUUACAGUAACAAGGAAACAUAAAGCUGCUUUAAGUCAACAGGACGCACGCCAACAUCAAUUCUCUGUCCUGUGUCUCCUGGGGGCUAUGACACUGACUGCUCAGCAUCAGGGCACAUCUGCUGUCAGCUACAGAUGAACAGGACAGUAGACCACUACGUCAUGAUUAUUAUAGCAUUAUACAUGACAGAGACCAGAGACUAUGGAAUGGUAGAGAUGAUAAACCUGCAGUAAUGUGCAUAAGCUGUCUUUCUCAGGUAGUGGGAAGAAAAGACAAAUCUAAUGUAAAGAGGAAGACCAGGCAAUGGUUGAAACCCUGUAAAAACAACACUUUUUUCUCAGGGUACAGGUGGUAAUGGUUUAUAACAGUGUCAUUCAUUUUACGCAUGUAAAAUCUGUAAAUAAUUAGUAUUUCACCAAUUGAGGCACUCAUUCAGUGCUGUAGCCAAAGCCAUACAGUGUUAGCAGACCAGGGAGGGAGAAGAUGAUCUAAAAAGCUUCAGGAAUUAGUCAACCGUCUGACUCUGUUAAGCCCUACACAAACAUAGUUUGGACUCAGAAUACAGGCUUAAUUCAUGGGGUUCAGAACAGUAUUAAACACAGCUCGUUCCCAUGAAACCAGUUAUUAAUUACAUGUUACAUGUUGAUCCUCAUUGUUGUGUAACAUUAACCAAAGCAAAUAGGAAAGUCUUAGGCGCUCAAGAUGACCUGCAUAGAAUCAGAAAGUAAAGCCCAUCAGAUAUGAUUCAAACAAAACAACGUGCUAAAGAUCUCGCUUCAGCAAAGAUGUGAACGCAUUUACCUCCAUACAAGAAAAACAUAUUCAGCAAUAGAGAUGCACCCAAGGGAACAGAGGGAACUUGCAGAAGUGCCCAUCGAGUCAAAUACACACAUUGAGGCCAACAGUAAGAAUAAACUAAUUUGACUUGGCACUUACUCUUCAAUGUCAUUUGGUUUGAAAUGGUCUUCCAUUAUUGUGUUCAGAUUAAGUGUCAUUAAACACCUUCACUUGCGUCAUUGUUACCCCAAGAAACCAAGAGGCCAAAAAUGUACAUCUGUUUAGGUUCCAAGAAAACGGACAGGGUAAAAACCUUUUGAUGAAAGCCAUGAAUUAUUGGGUGUCAUUCUUGUUAUCGAGGUCAAUGGAGUUGAAAGGGGGAACAGAUUCAGUUCAUGUACAGUGGGGUAAAAAGUAUUUAGUCAGCCACCAAUUGUGAAAGUUCUCCACGUAAAAAGAUGAGAGGCCUGUAAUUUUCAUCAUAGGUACACUUCAACUAUGACAGACAAAAUUAGAAAAAAAAUCCAGAAAAUCACAUUGUAGGAUUUUUAAUGAAUUUAUUUGCAAAUUAUGGUGGAAAUUAAGUAUUUGGUCAAUAACAAAAGUUUAUCUCAAUACUUUUUUGCCCCACUGUAAAUCCAUGAUAACGGACCUUUUAACUGCUUAGGCUUCAGACCUCUUCAGCGGACACAUAAUAAAACAAUGGAUAAUAUUAUAUUACAGUCAGUAGAUGGAUAAACCUUUAUUAUUACUGACAUCCACUUCCCUGUCCCAAAAUUAGGGAAGUACUGUCAGUGGUCAUAUUUACAGAGUAUACAUUAUUUGUUUGUUUGCAUGUAGUUCAAGACAAAAUGUCAAAGAAAAUAUAUUGCAUACAUACUUAUGCACCACAGCGAGCAAAGACGAGUAAGUAAGGCUAUAUUAGACCUGUAGAAAAGUACAGCAAUACAGUCAUGUGACUAACAUACUGGAAACACACAAGCAUUUCCCAGCUAAAAGCUAGUGUACCAGCCAACUCCAGUCUCCACAAAGUGAUUUUUGGAGACGAUUUCAGACCUUCACAAGAGACCAAUUUGAGUAUGUUUUUGUUCAUUUUUCAUCAUGAUUAUUUUCAGACGUUACCUAGCAACCAGAGUGCAGAAUUCCCCCAUUUUCCCCACAUGAUUAAUCACCCAUUACAAACGUUAUCAAUGUAUUUAACCACUGAGCCUUUCCAGAUAAUCUGAGAUUCUUCUUUACUCUGGUCAAAUGUCAUAUGAACUCUUGGAAGUGCUUGGCAAGUUGUCUGGACCAUAUUGUAUGUUUAUAUAGUGCCCAUGUUGUAUCUUAGCAUGGUGUCCUGUCUCUCUAAAUGAGAGUGCCCAGUGUCCCAUCAUACCAAACUCUGGCCAUGCCCAGGGCCAGCCAGCACUGACUGCAGUCUGAUACCCAACUGUGUGUCUGUUUUAAUUGCGGGUUCUCAGAAGACUGAUGUGAAACAGUAUUUGUUGGGGAAUAAUAUUUAACACGGCUUCCCUCCCUUCAGGUGUGUGAUUGAAUGAGUGAUAUAAAUGUCUGACAGCCAAUGGGAAGUGUGGGAACCUUAUAGUAAGCAGUGAACAUGGGGAACUGGAUCUAGUAAAAUGGUCACCCUGGAAGACAUAGCAAAACAACAACUGGUCAUAAGUUCAUCAGCUUUCAGACACCCUGACAUGUUUUACGAGUUAACAUGAACUCAGUGACUUACCAAUAAGCAAAAGAGAACAUUUCUGACUUUUAUAUAUAUAAAUGGGAACAGGGACUCAUUGUACAAUCAAACUAUUGUGUGUGUAUGUGUGUUAAUGUACUCUUUGCAAGCUAUUUCAGAACUUGGUACAGUAAAGCUUCAAACACUAAUGUACUGUAUUAUUGUGAAAUAAUGAAUUUAAUCAUUUGAUCAAAUGUCAUAAUUUGGAUAAAGCUCUGCCAUAUCGGUCUAUGGUUGAAGUCAGCUGUCAGCUGUGAUGCCUUACCCCUCCAACCUUCUUUCUCACACUCGUUUCCACUGUUUGAUUCAAAUUGUAAGUGGCAUUGAUCAACACCAAUGGUAAGUGCUUUACCAGAGGUUGGAAACAGAUGACAACUACACUUACUCACACGCUGUAUCCGAUGUCGCCUCUAAGUGUGUUAGCGGGGAGCUGGGCCUAGCAAAUACGUCAAGAUCUAAGGGACUGCAGAUGUGGGUUGAAGUCCUCCAAUGAGGGCCAUGCCAAAAAGGUUUCUGGAGAGGG